UCUCCCGCACUAACACUGAUCGGUAGCGUAACGUUUGUUUACACUUUGCGUUGCAAUUCGGUGUAUCUUAUUUUAUGGAAAGUCUGUUUGGUUCGUGUACUCGUUUGGCUGUUAUCGUUCGCCACAUUCUUCGUAUCGUGGUUUUCAGAUUAUACAUCGUGCGUUGGCUAAACGUUUAUAUUCAGUAAGUAACCGUUGUCAAAUUCCUAAGCCUAAUAAUGCCAUGUUAACGUUUAUGUACGGAUUUAGUUUGUACGUGAUGUUAUUCAAACGGCCUAAUGUGACGAGAAAUGAAACGGCAUUCGGAUGAACUUAUGGCGUCCGCGGACACAGUCGGAGCAUACGCCGCUGCCAACCGUUCACCACCUAGGUCCAGGCCGAACCUGGUGACUAUAUCUAAUGUUGUGCAGUCAAGCUUUGUAUCUCAAGCUAUAAAUAAUCCAAACAUUCAAUUCAACACUGUGCAGCCUUAUAGCGCUCCAGCGAUGCCAGUCCUAGCCAUCAACGACAAAAUUCCAGGUUCUCUUCCUGGCGGUUCAGCAAUGCCUACUCUUCAUACUAUACAAGCGCCUCAUUCGAUUCAGCAAAUAAGGCAAAAAGUUGUGCCAUCAACUAUCAUUCAACAACAGCAACAACAACAACAGACUCAGUUCCAGAGGCUCAAGGUCGAAGAUGCCUUAUCCUAUUUGGACCAGGUGAAAUUUAAAUUCAGUAAUCAACCUCAAGUAUAUAAUGACUUCUUAGAUAUAAUGAAAGAAUUUAAAUCGCAGAGUAUUGAUACACCUGGGGUAAUUACCCGUGUCUCAAAUCUAUUCAAAGGUCAUCCAGAACUCAUAGUAGGCUUUAAUACGUUCCUACCACCUGGUUAUAAAAUAGAAAUUAAGAACAAUGAACUUGGUUUUCACGUUUCUGUCUCAAUACCACAAAGUCCUGCAAUCACAUCUUCACAGACUAUUAUCCAUUCUACUACUCAACAUAUAAUGUCUGGACCACCUACAGUCACAACAUCACCUGUCACUUUAACUACUACACCACCGGUGGUAAUAAAACCAGCUGUACAUUUACCUAUCAAUCAGGUUAACACUACUUCUGUCGUAAUGAACCAUCAUCAUACGACUCAGAAUAAUAUUACGCCAACAGCACCUUCUAGUAGCUAUCCAACUCAAAUACCUUUGUCGGUUGCAAGUUUAAGCCAAGUGGCUUCUGCUAUACCUCAAGUAUCGAUACCUACAACUCAAGAGUCUACCAACUCUCAAAAUCAACCAGUUGAAUUUAACCAUGCAAUAAAUUAUGUUAACAAAAUAAAAAACCGUUUUCAAGGGCAGCCAGAAAAAUACAAACGGUUUUUAGAAAUACUACAUACUUAUCAAAAAGAACAAAAAACUCAAAAAGAUAAUGUAGUUCAAGUAACAGGAAAAACAUUAACUGAAGCGGAAGUUUAUGCUCAGGUAGCAAAACUUUUUGAAAACCAAGAAGAUUUAUUAGCAGAGUUUGGACAAUUUUUACCAGAUGCUACUUCACAUCAUUCUUUUGGUGCCAAACUGACAGAACCUAUUGUACCUCCUAAGAAGACUGCCGUAGUUACCAGCGCACCUCCUGCUAAUAUUGUUCCUUCUGUGAAAAAAGAACAUCCAAUUAAUAUUCCAACAACUAAAGAAAGUCGAGAAACUAACGUCCAAAACGUAGCUAUAAAAAGAACAUCAUCAUUUUCUUCUACCCAAAAUUUGCCUCCACCAAAGAAACCUAAAUCUCCUUUCCCGAGUUUGGGAGAUGUUUCCUAUGUAGAGGCAUAUAAGUAUGGAACUCUUACUGAUUUUGCAUUUUUUGAUCUUGUUCGUAAAUCGAUUCAUAAUGCUUCAGCUUAUGAUGACUUUUUGAGAUGUCUUGUUUUAUACUAUAAUGAAAUUAUAUCUAAAUCGGAACUGUUAAAUUUAGUGCAACCUUUCCUUGGAAAGUAUUCAGAACUAUUCAGAAGAUUUAAAGAUUUUAUUGGAACUAAUGAGAAGAGCAAUAAUACUGCAACAGCACCGGCAGAAAAUAAACUUUCUGGGCUGCCACAUCUUUCACUACUUGAUCCGGGAUCUAAUCGUCAAGAUCGAUCGGCCGGUGAUUUACCAACUGAUAUUGAUUUUACCUCUUGCAAAAGAUUAGGUGCAAGCUAUUGUGCCGUACCAACAGCUUAUCGAACUCCUAAAUGUAGCGGUCGAACUAAAAUGUGUUAUGAAGUGUUGAACGAUACUUGGGUUUCGUUUCCAACAUGGUCUGAAGAGUCAUCAUUUGUUACCAGUAGAAAAACCCAAUAUGAAGAAUAUAUGCAUAGAUGUGAAGAUGAAAGGUUUGAACUUGAUCUCGUGAUGGAAAUCAAUUUGGCAGCAAUUUAUUCUUUAGAAGAAGUAUUAAGAAAAUUCAGUAGAAUGACACCUGAAGAAACGAUAAAAUUUAAACUUGAUGAUAGCCUGGGUAAUGAAUCAAGUUCAGCGACUACCAAUAGACGUGCUAUCAAAAGACUGUAUGGAGAUAAGACAGCAGAUAUACUAGAAGGGCUUAAGAAAAGUCCGUUGACUGCAAUUCCAAUAGUUUUGAAAAGACUUAAAGCAAAAGACGAAGAAUGGAAAGAAGCACGAAAUACGUUUAACGAUAUUUGGAAAAGUCAAAAUGAGAAAUAUUAUCUUAAAUCGUUGGACCAUCAAGGUGUCAACUUCAAACAAAGUGAUAUGAAGUUUUUAAGAUCAAAAUCGUUAUUAAAUGAAAUUGAAACAUUAUACGACGAGAGAAAUGAUCAUGGAGAAAACAUUUCAGGACCACACUUGGUUUUUUCUUAUAUUGAUAAAACAAUAUUAGAUGAUGCCGCCAAUUUGUUAAUACACCAUGUAAAGAGACAAGCUAGUAUUAAUAAAGAAGACAAACAAAAAAUAAAAUCACUGAUUAGACGGUUUAUCCCCGACAUGUUCCAUCAUCCAAGACAAGAGUUGAGCGAUGAUGAGCGUGAUGGCCAAAAUGACUGUUCUAACAAUAAUUCACCCGAAACUACUAAAACAUCGUUACGCGUUUCUGAAGAAAAAGAAGAACCUGAAAUAAAAAUAACAGACAGCGAUAAAUCGAAAGUGUCUGAGCAUCCUAGUACGGAUGAAUGUUAUACGUUGUUUUUUGGCAACAACAAUUGGUAUUUGUUCCUCAGACUUCAUCAUAUCCUUUGUGAUCGGUUAUCUCAAAUGUAUAAAAAAGCCACUCAAUUGGUGCACGAAGAAUGUAUUUAUAAAGUCACUAGGUCAGAAUCUGCAGCGGCGAAAUUACGUCUCAAUCCUAAAUCAGAAAUUGAAGUAGAAGAUUAUUAUCCAGCUUUACUAGAUAUGAUUAAAAAUGUUUUAGAUGGAAAUAUGGAUUCAAACACCUAUGAAGACACACUUAGAGAAAUGUUUGGUAUCCAUGCGUAUGUUGGAUUUACCCUUGAUAAAGUCGUAAUAUAUGCUGUUCGUCAGUUACAGCAUUUGGUAUCUGACGAAUACUGUCAAGACUGUUACCAAAUAUUUUUAAAAGAAAGUAAAAAAGGAGGUACUGGAGGCCUUUGUAGCACAGCGCCUCAAAGAAUCAUUCAAGAAGCGGCGUAUCAGAGAAGAGCUGAAGCAGCUUUGAGUUCUGACAACAAUUGCUAUAAAGUAUUCAUUUACAAACACGACUGUAAAAUAACUUUCGAACUUCUAGAUACGGAUACGGACGACAAUCAAGACAGUGGAAAGUGGACGAGUUUUGAUAAUGAACCAUUGUCUGAAACUAAUGAUGAAAAACAAGAAGAAAACCAAAGUCCUAAAGAUUAAGUUCAGUUAAAUUUCUAAUUUAAAAAAAUAUCAAUCAAGUUUUCUACAAAGUUUAUUAUAGUUUAUUAUAAUUUUUUUUCUUUUUUUUUUUUGUAUAAAUUGUUUCUAUUACAGUACGCAACCUAAUUUUAUUCUUUCUCUACAUUGAUUCCAAAAUCUCAAAUGCACUACUACUUUAAAAGUUUGCUAUAAGUAUGUAUAUAACUAAUUGAAUUGACAUUUGAUGUGAAACAAUUUACUGGAUUUCCAAGUGUCCUUUCAUAAAAAGACUAAGAAAUAAUUCUCCUAAGAAAAUAUCAUUGAUCGACUGUUUCAGGAAUCAUAAAGGUAACAAAUUACCAAACACAACGAUGAAACACAACAUUGUAGAUAUUCAAACGCAUUCGUGUUUUUGUAUUAAGAUUUAUUUAAAAAGAAUCUAUAUGUAUAGUAAAGCUGUAUGUAUGUAUAUUUUACUAAAAAAAAUGUCUUAGAUGUAGGUAAAUCUUAAUCAGUUACCAAUGGAUGUGUUUUAAUACACCAAUAGGAACAAUUGUGAAAAUUGUGAACAUUAAAUAUGUUUCACUGUUAGAACAAAAGAGUAAUAACCAAUACUAUUACAGACUAAUUAGUUUUUUUUUGUAAAUUUUAUGUAAAUUAAACUAUAAUUAAAUAAUAUAUAUAUAUAUAUAUGUAUAUCAUACAGACUAAGAAAAUGACGUUCAAAAAUGGGUUCUUCCAUUGUGCAUAGAUAUUUUAUUAUAUGUAAACGACAACAAAAAAAUGUGUAAUUAUUUUGUUACUAAUUUUUGUACAUGUAGCCUAUUUUUAAUGAUGUAAAUAAUAAUUUAUAUAUUUUUCAUCAUGAGUAAAAUGUAUUGUAGGAUUAAUCGAAUUGGAUAUUGUAAUAUAAUGCCAUUGAAAUGUUGAUGUUAAAUAUUUAAAUAGUAAACUAUUUUUAGAAGGUUUUUAAUACAUUAUAAAUUAAAUAGACGAGAAAUCCAACUGUUCUAAAUUAAUGAAUGAUAAUAUCAAUAAAAUCGCCAUUUUACUAAUAAA